AUGAAGUUCACUCCUUUUUUGGCCUCGGCAGGCCUCUUGCAAGUUCAAGCAGUUCUUGCUCAAACAACCACCACUGGAACGCCUACUACUGUCACCAGUGCUACUACGACAUCCUCAACGGCAACUUGUACAGCUUCCCUCAUCACCAAGCUGUGCGACUAUACAGAGCCUGCUUCAGAUUCUGCCGUCGCCGAGGACAGCGUAGAACACUGCUGGGAGUACUGCAACAACCAUCCUCCCUGCAACUUUGUCAUAUUUGCUGCAGGAAAUCCAACAACAGGCUCAGGAACUUGUUGGUUGUAUCCGGGCGAAACCUACGACGAGAGUGCCGGCAGCUCUGACUGCAGCAGCCCUUACCUGUCCGUCUAUAGCCAGCCCACUUGCUCUGGCGGAAGCACGACCACUACUGCCUGUGCGGCUACUGCGACGCCAUCUGCCAUUGCUGAAGUUUGCGACUAUCCGACACCCGAUGAUAACUGCUUCUCCAGCUGUGUUGCCAGCUCAGGCGCAGUGGACUGCCUGAGUCGCUGUGUCGAGGCCGACGACUGCAACUACGUCGUCUUCAAUCCUCACAACGACGAUGAUUCUCAAUAUGGGUCGGGAACUUGUUGGAUGUACGACAGUGGCUCCUACAAUGCUUCGGCCGCAAGCACUUGUAGUGGCGAUCCCGAGCAAUACGUCUACAACAACGUGUGCCCCAAGGCAUCAUCUUCCUCCACCACUCUUUUGACCUCCACGACCACCGGUACUGCUGGUACUGUGGCCGCAGACUCUACUGCUAGCUCGGCAAGUGAAAGCCAGACUUCGGCAGCUAUUGCACUCUCGCGCCGCAACCCACUGGCUGCAGGCAUGCGAUGGUUGGCCCGCGAAUAA